GUUCAAAUAAAAGUAAACAUUGACCAUACAAGAGUCCUCCAUGGGGGCGGGGGGCCCUAGACCGCCUGAUCCAGCACGGUACAGCGGCGAUUUCGCUUGAGUUUUCCUAGCAAUUUACUCAUGAACGUGCUCCCACCUCAGUGCUGGCUGCAUUUCCGAGCCAUUCUGGCGCUAGGGUGCUCCAGCUGAAAGCCCUGCGUUGUAUAGCGUUGAGCUGCGCCACCUCGCCUUGCAAGUCAGGCGUUGAGCCAUGAGCAGCACCAGAGCGGGCCGGCUGCCGCCCGCGUCCAGCCAGAGCAUCGUGGAGAGCUACCUUACCCGCAUGGCUUCGCAGCUCCCCGAGGACUUCGCGUUCGCGACCCUGGUGCCGUGGGACUCGCCACACAAGCCGUGCAAGCUCGUUGCGCCGGACGCCGCCCAUGAGGGCCACUGGGACGCCAGGGAGAUCGCGUUGCUGGUGUCUGGGUGCACCACCUUGUUGGUGCCGUGCACAUUCGAAACGCAGUACGAGAAACGCAUGAUAAAGAACCUGUUGAGGCAGAUCGAGCCGGAACAGCAAUUUUCGUGUGGCCCUGCUGCAGCUGCUCGAGAUCCCAGGCAACAUGAACCGGGAGUACGUGGAAUUGCUCAUGAUACGCCACGACGUGUUCCUCUCCAUGGGUGCUGACAUGGUGAUUCUCGACCCCAGCGACGAUCCAGAUAGGUUGUGCGCGGAGCUCAACCAACAGUGGGCAUGGCUCGUGUCAAGUGGCCGGCGUGCACAGCGCAUGGUCGAAAGUGAUGACGAGAAUGCAGAGGCUAUGCUGAAGUACCACCACGAGCUGCUGUGGGAGAGCAUCCCGAAAGCUCUGAUGAGCGCGUUCCCCCCGAUCGAUCAUAGUCUUGUGGAGACGGCUACCAGUGUGGGAGAUCUCCAGCUGGUGCACCACUUGAACCCGAGGAAGGGCAACGUGCUCCUUGCGCGUCGCAAUGCGACCGAGAAAAUCGCCCUCAAGGUCUACGACAAGUCAAACUAUGUAACCCCUUGGGACGUGGAGAACAUUUAUCGCGAGUUGAGGUUCCUGAGGGACGUUCUCCGACACCCGCACAUCGUCCAGUGCACUUCCGUGCUCCAUAGCUUCUCGCGGGUGUAUUUGGCCCUCGAAGUCGGGGGCAAGAAGAAUCUGAGCCAGCACCUUCUUGACCAGCCAGGGUUCCGCGCCGACUCGCAGUAUGCUGUGGACUGCACCGCGCAGAUAGCAGGAGCGCUAGCCUUCUGCCAUUCGCGGGAUGUCGUGCACAGGCAAGUGUCUCUGGAUCACAUCAUGGUAGAUGACCAGUCGGAAACGCCCUUCUGCCGCUUGGUGGACUUCUUCGCGGCGUCGUACUUCGUGGGGUCGACACUGUCGACCACGGUGUGCGGGGAGCUGCCGUGCAUCGCCCCAGAGAUGGUGCUGGAGGCGUCGUACGCCGCCAAGCCGGCGGACUGCUGGAGCCUCGGGGUGGUGCUUCUCGAGGCCGCUGGGGGCUUGGGCUCGAUGAGGCAGGCGGUCGGCUGGCUGGAGGACACGGAGCUGGAGCCCGCCGCCGCCAGGAUCCAGAGCUUCUUCUCCCGCGAGGGCAGCUGCGCCCGUGCGCUGGUGGCCAUGGGCGGCGUGCACAGCCGUGCGGUGCUGGCCAGGCUCUCCAGGCUUCUCGAGCCGGAGCCCACGGCGCGGGCUGACGCGGACGCCAUUUGCAGCUCUUCUGAGUCCUCUUGAAACUCCCUCGGGCCCUCGCGAGGCUCUCUCGGAGCCUUCCUGCGCCUCGCAUUGAAAAAAUCAUAUCCUCGGAUCUCAAGCUCACCUUGACGCAGUAUUGCGGCCAUGUUGGAGCGCUCUGGCGCCCUUGUUGAAGCCGUUUUUUGCGCCGCCACACGGUACUCCGCUCGAGCUGAUGCCCAAUUUUUUUUACAUAAUGAUGACCCCCCUUCCCCCCACCCCAAGAAACCGACUUUCCCCACAAUUUUGCUAAUUCUCUCAUCGCUUCUUCUCGCGGCAUUGCACCUCCGCUUCUUUCUCAUCAUCGCAAUUUGCUGUAACGAGUAGGCGCGUAGCUUUGCAGCACAAGCUAUGAGGGCAGAGCGGCAUGCACCCGCAAAUAGAAGGUUGCACCAUUCCCGCUCGCAUUGCAGACAUUGCAUGCUGCACGGUUUGUCUCCAUGCUGCGAGGCGCGUAGCUUUGCAGGAAUGUGAGAUGGCAGUGGGAUGCACCCGCAUAUAGCAGGGGGGGCCAUUGCCGUUCGCACCGCAGGCAUUGCCCGCUGCAUGUUGCUCCAAAUUAAAAGAAGGUUUCAAUUCGUAAAACCCAAGGCGUUGCCAAUGUCGCCCAAGAGGGCCCAAGGGCAGCCCGAGGGGGCCCCAGGAUGCAUCCAAGAUGGCCCCAGGGUCCCACGAGGAUAUCCAGGCGACCAGGAGAGUUCCGCAGCAGCAGUAGCAGCAGAUGGAAGGGCAGCCGUCCGUGACCCAGCUUUCGAGCCUCGGCGGCCGCGAUAGUCGACGUUGCGCGGCUGGCUUCUGCUGUUAGCCGCGAGGCCUUGAGCCGAAGAGUGGUUUCCGUCGGCUGCCCGGCGUGCUGUUAUCUCCAGGCCUCGUCGAGAGGGAGCCUUCUCCUCCUCCUCCGCCUCCUCUUCCCUCCUCCCUCCUCUUCCCCCUCCCCCUUUUCUCUUCCCCUAGUGUUCCUCCUCCCCCUCCUUCUCCUCG